CAAAGUUGGGGUUACGUUCCUCUCUUGAGGUGCGAUGUGUUUAUGCCUGAACGGGCGCUGGGAAUUAUAUGCCUGAAUUUUCGGAAAAUUGUUACUGGAUAGAUAAUAAUUAAAAAUGACAACAAUGACGAAUGCAUUGGUGGCCGGUUUUCAGAAUGCAAAACAAGGAUUCAUGCAACCUAUUGCAUCUGUCGUUGUAUGUACAAGAAAUGCCUCCAAGAAGACUGGGGGAUCUUCAAGGAAUCCACCACGUCAUACUAGGCCGAAACACAGAGGGUGGCGUGUCCAGGACGGAACAUUUGUUCAAGCUGGUACACUGUUAGCGACGCAGUUGCAUACGCGGUUUCAUCCUGGUUUACAUGUUGGAUUUGGACGAGAUGGUACUUUGUUUGCCUUGGAAGCUGGCAGGGUGAUGGUCACAUGUGAGAAAAUUGACCCAAACUGGGAUCAUACGUGGAUUAAUGGAAACUAUGAGGGUCGUCAAGGUCACGUCAUUUACAAAAAACACUUCAACGUCAUCCCUGAACCUCAGCAUAAUGUAUUCAAACUUAUUGACGCAAUUUAAUGUACAGUUGUAAAAUAUUAGGUGAUACUACUGUAUUCGUCUACUGUGCUAAGCACAAAAUAAAUCUAGUAGUUGUAUAAAAAUA